CACGGACACACAACACACCUGAAGACUUGGACUGAAGCAUGCGACCAGCAGGCCGCCUCAGGCUGAAGACGUGGCUGGAGGAACAGAUCGAGUCUGGGAAGUAUCCAGGAGUCUGCUGGCUUGACAAGUCAGAGAAAGUUUUCCAAAUCCCAUGGAAACACGCAGCUCGUCACGGCUGGAGUAUCGACCGAGACGCCACUCUCUUCAGGAGCUGGGCCAUGCACACAGGGCGAUACCAUCCAGACAAACAGCAAGCCGAUCCAAAGACGUGGAAGGCCAACUUCCGCUGUGCUUUGAACUCUCUGCCUGACGUGUGUGAGCUGCGUGAGCACAGCAGGAAGAGCGGCAGAGACGCCUACCGAGUCUAUAAGAUGCUUCCCAGAACGCACGCACGCAAAAGAGGGCUUGUGUGUCAGCAGGCAGAUAGCAGCACCGUGCAGCAGCAACAGUGGCCACCUCCGAGCACCACUUCAUCCACAGAUGAUGCUUCUUCGAGUAUUCCUACACAAGACACGUGGGAGGACUUGCAGGAGCCGGAACAGGCUGGAUGCGAGUUAAUGGAGCACUUUAGUAGCACUGAUCCAAACAGCAGCCAGACAUGGACUCAAAGAGGAUGGAGGUCACAGCCGCUGUGGGACCACUGGCAGUGUCCAGGUGAAGAUAACCUCUUCUCUCUGCACGCAGACACCUACAGUGACCUUUGGUCUCCAAACUGCAGUAAAGAGGUGUCAGACUGGUCCAUACAUCAGCAGACAUUAACGCUCUAA